AUGGAACUCAACCGAGAACAUUUUCGCGCCAUAAUUUAUCACAACUUUGAGAGACAAUUGCCGCAACAAGAAUUCCUUGCUGAGUUACUGUCUGUUUUCGGCAACGAAGCGCCACAUCAGUCGACAAUCGUCGAUCCCAGGGAGGGUGCACCAAAAACGGCAGUCACCCAGGAAAACGUCAUUGAAGAUAGACAUGUGACAUAUCGCGAGAUUGAGGCGUCCUUGAAAAUCUCAAAGAUCUCAAUUCAAAAAAAUUUACAUGAAGAAUUGAGAGUAAGAAAAUUUGUUUCUCGUUGGAUACCCCACCUGUUGACUGAUGAGCAGAAAGCCGCCAGGGUUAAUUGGUGUCAAAAAACGCUUGACCGUUUCAAUUCCGGAAACUCAAAAAAUUCGGCUGUUUGGGUUUUCGAAGGUGAAGAAAAGCCAACAAAAGUCAUCCGUUCUAGAAGUGUUUCGGAAAAGAUGGUCGCAACAUUUGUGUCAAAAGCGGGUCAUAUUGCAACAAUUCCUCCUUAUGAGCCAAGAACUAUCACUGCGGAUUGGUAUAUCACCAUUUAUUUGCCAAAAGUCAUCACCGAGCUUCGAGAAAUCAACCCCAAAAGAAGAAUCAUCCUCCAACAAGACAAUGCAAGCUCGCACAAAGGCCAAAAAACAAGGCAGUAUUUAACGGAAGAAAACGUGGAAUUAUUGGACUAUCCUCCAUAUAGUCUCGAUCUAAGUCCUGACGAUUUUUUUACUUUCCCGAAAAUUAAAAACAGACUGCGUGGUCAAAUGUUCCAGUCACCAGAAGAAGCAUGGUGCAGACAACGGUCACUCUGGGAUCAGGAAUGGAAUAGUAUUGUCUUUAGUGACGAGUCUCGAUUUUAUUCAGGCAUGCACGAUGGUCAUGCCAGGGUUAGAAGGCGACGUGGUGAAAGGAGGAAUCCACAGUUUUUUGUUGAAAGACAUGUUCAUCACACUGUUGGAGUUAUGGUUUGGGGUGCUACAGCUUAUGGUUCCAGGUCACCUUUAAUCUUCAUCAGAGGUAACAUAAACGCGCAGCGUUAUAUCCACGUAGUUCUAGAUCCCCAUCUUUUAGCCUAUCUUGACACCCUGGCAGAUCCAACUUUCCAACAAGAUAAUGCCCGACCACAUGUUGCAAGAGUCACAAUAGACUUCUUUCAACAUAAUGAUGUCACAUUGUUACCAUGGCCACCAAGAUUUCCCAACUUAUCCCCAAUUGAGCACGUGUGGAAUAUGAUGGGUAGGAGAUUGCUCAAUUUGCAACGUCCUCCUCAGACUCUAGAAGCACUUCAAGAGGAGUUGGUGGUUGCCUGGAAUGAGAUACCACAGGAGGACAUUGACCACCUGAUCAGAAGCAUGCCUAGGCGCGUUGGAGAAUGCGUAGCACAUCAGGGUGCAUCGACACAUUAUUAA